GCCACAGGCUGUGCCUGAGCAGCAGGAGCCUUUGUCUCCACACCCCCUCCAAGUUCUCUUUUUCUCCAUCCUCUUCUCACCACUUCUGCCGCACCAGGAGAAGUGAUUUUGUAACCAGGUGGAAGAAACAAGACACUUAUUUGUUGGAUUAGUUUCAGAAAGAUCUUUUCUUGUUCCAGCCCUCCUGGUGGCUGCAGUAAUGCUGGCAUUGAUCAAAAAGGAAAGCAGUAAGAAUAAUCAGCCAGGAGGUUAACCAGCAAGGGAGAAUAAUCAGCAAGGAGGAUGGGGCAGCUCUCUUCAGUGACUUUCCAUCCUUGCACUACAUGAAAGUGGCUGUAAACAUAACAUCAGCUCCAGGAGGAAUCGAUUCCAUGCAGCAUUUCUGAACCAUGAAAAUACAGCUCAUGCUACGAGGUGUCAGGCUGAGGGAAGCACGAAUGCAAGCCCAAAAGUGUGAGACUAAUUUCAAAUGGCUCACGUGUGCUGGCAUCCUCUGUUGCUUAAUAUGGAAUGGAUUUGCCCAGCAAGGUGGAAGCGACUGCAUAAAAGCAAAUGCAAAGUCAUGUGGGGAAUGUAUACAAGCAGGACCAAACUGUGGCUGGUGUAAAAAAACAGACUUUUUGCAAGAAGGAGAGCCAACAUCUGCCCGGUGUGAUGACUUGGCAGCACUGAAGAGUAAAGGCUGCCCUAUGGAAGACAUAGAGAAUCCCAGGGGCAGCAAGCAGGUGCUCGAAAACAGAGAAGUAACAAAUCGUAAGAAAGGUGCCGCAGAGAAGCUGAAACCAGAAGCCAUUACACAGAUCCAGCCACAGAAAUUAUCACUGCAUCUAAGAGUCGGGGAGCCCCAGACAUUUUCAUUAAAAUUCAAGAGAGCUGAAGACUACCCCAUUGACCUUUAUUAUCUCAUGGACCUCUCCUAUUCUAUGAAAGAUGAUUUAGAGAAUGUGAAAAGUCUCGGAACGGCUCUGAUGUUAGAGAUGGAAAAAAUAACUUCAGACUUUCGGAUUGGCUUUGGCUCUUUUGUGGAGAAAACUGUGAUGCCUUACAUAAGUACAACACCUGCCAAACUCAGAAAUCCUUGUACAGGGGACCAGAACUGUACAAGUCCAUUUAGCUAUAAAAAUGUGCUCAGCCUUACCAGUGAAGGAAACAAGUUCAAUGAACUUGUAGGUAAACAGCACAUUUCUGGGAACUUAGAUUCUCCUGAAGGUGGAUUUGAUGCAAUAAUGCAGGUUGCAGUUUGUGGGGAACAAAUCGGCUGGAGGAAUGUUACGAGACUAUUAGUGUUUUCCACGGAUGCUGGAUUCCACUUUGCAGGAGAUGGAAAACUUGGUGGAAUUGUUCUACCAAAUGAUGGGAAAUGUCAUCUGGAAAAUAAUGUGUACACAAUGAGCCACUAUUACGAUUAUCCCUCUAUUGCUCAUCUGGUACAGAAACUUAGUGAGAACAAUAUUCAGACAAUCUUUGCUGUUACUGAAGAGUUUCAGGCAGUCUAUAAGGAACUGAAAAAUCUGAUACCAAAAUCAGCAGUGGGAACAUUGUCUUCAAAUUCCAGCAAUGUGAUUCAGCUGAUCAUUGAUGCAUACAAUUCCCUUUCUUCAGAGGUUAUCCUGGAAAAUACUAAGCUACCGAAAGGAGUGACAAUCAGUUACAAGUCUUUCUGCAAGAAUGGAGUGAAUGACACACAAGAAGAUGGAAGGAAGUGUUCUAACAUUUCAAUUGGAGAUGAGGUUAGAUUUGAGAUUAAUAUAACAGCUAAUGAAUGUCCAAAGAAAGAACAAAAUGAAACAAUUAAAAUUAAACCACUGGGAUUCACUGAAGAGGUUGAAAUUAAUCUCCAGUUCAUCUGUGAGUGUCAGUGCCAAAGUGAAGGAGAACCUAAUAGUCCAGCCUGCCAUGCAGGAAAUGGAACAUUUGAAUGUGGUGCGUGCAGAUGUAAUGAAGGACGUAUUGGAAGACUAUGUGAAUGUAGCACAGAUGAAGUAAAUAGUGAAGAUAUGGAUGCUUACUGCAGGAGAGAGAACAGCACAGAAAUCUGCAGUAACAAUGGAGAAUGCAUUUGUGGACAAUGUGUGUGCAAGAAAAGGGAGAACACAAAUGAGGUGUAUUCUGGCAAAUACUGUGAAUGUGACAACUUCAACUGUGAUCGAUCAAAUGGUUUAAUCUGUGGAGGAAAUGGGAUCUGCAAGUGCAGAGUGUGCGAGUGUUUCCCCAACUUCACUGGGAGCGCCUGCGAUUGUUCCUUGGAUACUACACCAUGUAUGGCAUCUAAUGGGCAGAUUUGCAAUGGAAGAGGAACCUGUGAAUGUGGCACCUGCAACUGUACAGAUCCCAAAUUCCAAGGCCCCACGUGUGAAAUGUGUCAGACUUGCCUUGGUGUCUGUGCAGAGCACAAGGACUGUGUUCAGUGCAGAGCUUUCGAUAAGGGGGAGAAGAAGGAGACGUGUUCCCAGGAGUGUAUGCACUUCAACAUGACGCGCGUGGAGAGCCGGGACAAGCUGCCGCAGCCCGGCCAGCCCGACCCCCUGUCCCACUGCAAAGAGAAGGACGUCGAUGACUGCUGGUUCUACUUCACUUACUCUGUCAACUCCAAUGGUGAAGCCAAUGUCCACGUGGUGGAGACCCCAGAGUGCCCCAGCGGUCCUGACAUCAUUCCCAUUGUAGCCGGUGUGGUUGCUGGAAUUGUUCUUAUUGGACUUGCAUUAUUAUUGAUUUGGAAACUACUAAUGAUCAUUCAUGACAGAAGAGAAUUUGCUAAAUUUGAAAAGGAGAAGAUGAAUGCCAAGUGGGAUACGGGUGAAAAUCCUAUUUACAAGAGUGCAGUGACAACUGUGGUCAAUCCAAAAUAUGAGGGAAAAUGAACACUGCUUGUAUAACUUCACAACACUGUACGCAGUAUAGCAACUUUUGUAGUCACAAUAAGAUAGAUUUAGGGCAAACUGCAGUGAUUUUACUAAUUCAUUA